CUUUGCCCCGGCCCGCCAUGGCCGUGGCUACCGUGGCGGCGCUUUUGGCCGCGGUGGGUGGGGCGCUGUGGCUGGCGGCCCGGCGCUUCGCGGGCUCGGGCCGGCCACGGUUGCCCGGAGGCGGGGACUCGGGCCUCAUGCACGGCAAGACGGUGCUGAUCACGGGGGCCAACAGCGGCCUGGGCCGCGCCACGGCCGCCGAGCUGCUGCGCCUGGGCGCGCGGGUCAUCAUGGGCUGCCGGGACCGCGCGCGGGCCGAGGAGGCGGCCGGGGAGCUGCGACGCGAGCUCCGGCCGCCCGGGGACCCCGCCGCUGGCGGCCCCGAGGCCGGCGGGCCCGGCGAGCUGGUGGUCAAGGAGCUGGACCUCGCGUCGCUGCGCUCCGUGCGCGCCUUCUGUCAGGAGAUGCUCCAGGAAGAGCGUAGACUGGAUGUCUUGAUUAAUAACGCAGGGGUCUUCCAGUGCCCUUAUAUGAAGACUGAAGAUGGGUUUGAGAUGCAGUUUGGAGUGAACCAUCUCGGACACUUCCUGCUCACCAAUCUACUCCUUGGGCUCCUCAAAAGUUCAGCUCCCAGCAGGAUUGUGGUUGUUUCUUCCAAACUUUACAAAUAUGGAGACAUCAACUUUGAAGACUUGAACAGUGAGCAGAGUUACAAUAAAAGCUUUUGUUAUAGCCGGAGCAAACUGGCUAAUAUUCUCUUUACUAGAGAACUCGCCCGCCGCUUAGAAGGCACCAAUGUUACUGUCAAUGUAUUACACCCUGGGAUUGUAAGGACUAACCUGGGCAGACAUAUUCACAUUCCCUUGUUGGCUAGACCACUUUUCAGUUUAGUGUCAUGGGCGUUUUUCAAAUCUCCUGUUGAAGGUGCCCAGACUUCAAUUUAUUUGGCCUCUUCCCCUGAGGUAGAAGGUGUAUCAGGGAAGUACUUUGGGGAUUGUAAAGAGGAAGAACUAUUGCCCAAAGCUAUGGAUGAUUUAGUUGCUAGAAAACUCUGGGAUAUCAGUGAAGUAAUGGUCGGCCUACUAAAAUAGGAGUUAAGAGAACACCUUAUAAAACUGAAUGUCAAUUAUAUCAGUAAUCAGGAAUUGGUGGUGUGGUUUGAGCACUUGCUACUUGAAAAUACUUUUGGUUUAAUAAUAGUAUGCUAAGAACUGAGAUGUAUGAAUAUUUGGAAUUUUCUGAAAGUCUUAAUUUUUGAGGCUAUAUAUCAAAAUAUGAACUUACAUAUAUGCAGUAAAUAUGAAGAAUAAGUAUAAUUUAAAACUACACGUGAACAAGCAUGGGUUAUAAAUAUUAAAGGAGUUACUGAUUUAAAACAGAUACCUUGAGUUUUUCAUGUACCUCUGAGUUUCAUGGCCAAAGUGUUCGUAUUUUUAUUAGCGUGAAAAUAAUAUGCUUGAUGUACCUGUGCACAGAUCUUACUUGGAAUAAAUAUUUUGAUACAAAC